UUUUUGCUUAUGAGAGAGAUCGGUUGAAAUUUCGAUUCGAAAUCAUGUCGCAAUGCUGACAAACGGGUUUAAAGGUGAAUCAGAAACACAUGUUGAAUGAAUUGCAAGACGACUAGCGAUUGUUGCAUGUGCCACAUUUAAUGUUCUAUUCUAAACAUCUGUGAAUGAAUUGCAUUUCGGCGUGUAUUCCAAGAAAAUGCUUCUACGCGUUAACACGCUGUGUGCCCUGUGGGCGUUGCUGUUAUCGAUAACAUUUGUUAAUCGAUCAUCGGCCUUUGGGGUGUCGCGUGGGGAGAGAAGUCGACGUCAUGCGGGUCCCACACUGGACACCGACGAUUACUAUAGCUACGAGGGCAUGUUGGAGUAUUUGGGUGACCUGACCAAGGCCUACAGUCAGCGUCUAAAGUUAUCUGACGUGGGAACAACAUAUGAGAAUCGCACACUAAAAACAAUCACCAUAUCAAAUGGUGAUGGACGCAAAGGGAAGAAAGCCAUUUUCUUGGUGGCCGCGGAACAUGCGCGGGAAUGGUUGACCCCAGUGGCAGCCUUGUAUGCCGUGGAGCAGCUGGUGGUCAACUUCGAGGAGAAUGCACACUUGCUGAAAGAUUACGAUUGGAUUAUAAUGCCCAUGGUUAAUCCCGAUGGUUAUAUGUAUUCCCGCAGCAUAGACAAAAAGUGGCGCAACAAUCGUUCCCCAAAUGGGAAUAAUUGUUUUGGUACGAAUAUUAAUCGCAACUACGACAUUGACUGGGGGCAAGGAUAUCCGGAAAUAACUGAUCCUUGCGUCGAGCACUACGCCGGCAGUAAGCCCUUUUCAGAGCCAGAAUCCCGAGCAGUUCGAGAUGUUAUGCUGGAGUUAGUGAAUGCUGGAAAGGGCGUUAUGUUUCUGGGUCUACACUCACGACACAAAAGCGUCUUUUACCCUUGGGUUUAUCAGAGUGAACCUGCUGAUAAUGUUAAGAAACUGAAAGAGAUUGCGAAAAUCGGGGCGGAGGCCAUUGAAAAUGCCAGCGGCGUUACUUUCACUUACGAACAAUAUGGCGUUGAUGAUAAUUUUGGUGGCACCAGUCUGGAUUAUGCCUAUUCCAUUGGUUUCCCUCUUUCCUUUGCCCUGGAACUAAGCGGGGAGCGUGGAGGUAUUUCUUUUGACUUUUGGCCACCUACAAAUUUACUUAAAGACCUGGCCGAUGAUACCUGGAAGGGCAUUCGAGCCAUGGCCGAAAAAGGCAUUGAAUACUAUCCAUUGACUUCGACUAAUGAAUAGCAUUCGUCAUCCGCUGGUCGUAGUUUGUCUUUUAAUUCAAAAAGUUUGCUAACUAUUAUUUGGUUAUCAGGAAUAACAAAGUUUUUUUUAUAAAUAAGUUGAAAUUGUUAGAAACCUAUUUGAAGUUAAAUAAUGAAUGCCAAAUUUAAUUUCUGCGAAAGAAUGCAUCAGAAAUAUAAGUGUACUUUAAUUUUUAGAUUUAGGAGCUGUUACAAAAAUAA